AUGUCAACGUUCGCAAAAGCAAAAGGCAGCCGAGGAAAGGUUACAACUCCAGGCAAAACUUCAAGAUCUCAAAAAGCAGGACUACAAUUCCCAGUAGGGCGUAUUUCAAGAUUUAUGCGUCAUGGAAAAUACGCCGAAAGAAUCGGUGCUGGAGCUCCAGUCUAUCUUUCAUCAGUUCUUGAGUAUCUCGCAGCAGAAUUGCUUGAACUCGCUGGAAACGCAGCAAAAGACUUCAAAAAGAACAGGAUUUUACCAAGACAUAUCCAGCUUGCUGUAAGAAAUGACGAAGAGCUAAACAGACUGAUGGCUAAUGCGAUAAUUUCUUGUGGAGGAGCGGUUCCAUUUAUACAUCAAGCUUUACUUCCAGCAGGCACAAAAGAAGAGCCACAGCAGGAGCUUUAA